AUGGCUGCUACCAUGACCGCCACCGCGCCUCUCGCCAAAGCAACCAAGGCGGCUACAGACAAGACGCUACGCGUCUUCAGAGCUAAGCGGUACCCUGAGGAGAUGUGGUGGUUUGUUGCCUGCUUCAUUGCGACCGUCGCGCUCUUCCAAUUUGGCUCUUGGGUGGCGUUGAAGCUGGGCAGGAAGUUCGGCUCGAAGUCGAACGGAGAUGCUGAAAGCGGUGCUCAACCUGCUCCUCGUCGGUUCUCUAUCCGGCACAUUCCGCGGGCUAUCAUCAACACGUAUCGCAUCAUCGCCUUCCGCUGGACUUUGCAUAUCGGCAGCUGGUACACUCUUAAUCUUGCUGAAGUGUUCGUCACCUGCGCGUAUAUCAUCGGCCUCUUCAUCUGGGAAUUCAUAAACAGUUCACACUACACGUACUCAGAUGAAGCUCAGUUGAACUAUGUCCACCGCAUGAGUGCCCGGGUGGUAUUCGUGCUGCUCUGGGUACACGGCGGAAACAGAGGUACGUCCAUGGACACCGAGUUCAUGCAGGAGGAUUGCUUACGUCUCCAAUCGCGUAGACUAAACUGGUCAAAGUAUCCCUUCUAUUUCAUCCCGGUCGGCUUGACCGCUAUGGUGGCAUUCAGCAUCCUGUGCUUCAUAUCCCUGCAGCCAGUCCGAGCUCGCGCAUAUGAGUUCUUCUUCAUCGUCCACUUUCUCUCGGUCCUCAUUCUGCUACUCGGGGGCUACUUCCACGCCAGGGAGGAGAAGAUGGGUUAUUACAUCUGGCCAAGCUUCCUCAUUUGGGCGCUGGACAGAUUCAUUCGUGUCAUGCGUGUCAUUGUCUUCAACUACCGCUACUUCUGGUUCGGCGGCAAGCGCGACAGCCUUGACGCGACUGUCGAGCUGCUCUCACCCCAUUUCGUCCGCCUGCGCCUUGCGCGCCCGCCACACUUCCACUGGAGUCCUGGACAAACAGCUUACAUCGUCAUGCCUGGCGUAUCGAGGCUUCCUACUGAGGCGCACCCCUUUACAAUUGCGAGCGUUGAGACUCCCGCCGCGGAAUUGGCCGAUGCAUCCACAGACCUUGAGAAAGAGAAGGCGAAGACCAAAUCCGAGUUCAGUUGCGAGCCGUACUGGCGCGAGCUCGUGUUCCUGGUCAACGUCCGCGGGGGCUUCACAAAGCGCCUCGCGGAGCGCGCGCAGAAGGGCGAAAAGGUCAAGGUGCUCGUCGACGGCCCGUAUGGCCUGACGCCGAAUCUGAAGGACGACGACGAGGUUGUGCUGGUAGCCGGCGGAUCUGGCGUGACGUACACGCUGUCAACGUUCCUGGGCGUCGUCAACGACGUCCGUGCUGGCAAGAGCGCAUGCCGCAAGCUUGUUUGGAUCUGGGCCAUCCGUGAUUCGAGCCACAUCGACUGGGUGUCGAAGGCGUUGCAGCAGGCCUUGGAGCUCGCGCCGCCAUUCCUCGACAUUAGCGUCCGCAUCUACGUCACUUCGGGCGAGCCACUCCCGGUGACAAAUCAGCGGGCAUUCGACGACGACUCGAUACACGAGGGAGGUUCGGACGCACACUCGGGUGAGAAGAGCAGCGCAGUCAUCUCCUUGCUCGAUUUCUCCGCCGUGCAGGUGAGCUCGGGACGGCCCGAUCUGCACGCGUUGCUCCGCGACGAGGUGGCGGCCGUGUCGGGGCGCUUGUCUGUUUCAGUCUGCGGUUCUCAAGCCAUUUCCCGAGCAUGUCGGUCGGCGCUCAACUUCCCCGUGGGUAGCCCCGCGGCGUCCCUGAAGGGCGGUCCGAACGUCAUCUUGCAUGUGGAGUCAUUCGGCUAUGCAUAGACUUGUCAGUGGGUCAUUUCCCACAUUUCCACCGGAACAUAGAGGCUACAUGACGUCGGCGACGCUGUGUGAGCAUAACCAUAUGAAUAAAUAUAGUGUGCCUUUG